AUGCCGCCACCGUCGCUGCAGGGGACCACCGAGGCGCUCCCCGUGCAUAUUCGCACGGCGAGCGCGAGCGCAGCCGAUGAUACGCGCGUGCUGGUGCGAGCUGAUGCCCUCAAACGGAGCGGGAUCCCGACCGGUGCGCAUGUGCUCCUCCGUUCGACACACGCCCCCACGCCGCUGUGGGCCGGCACGGUGUGGCCCGAUUUUGAUGCGCAGGCGCCAGGCGUGUCUGUGUCCAGCCUCUCGGCAGAUCCCCUGGGCCGAGACGUGAUCGUGGCGUGCGUGCGGGAUGCACCGACCGUGCCGCGUCUGACGGUCGCCUUGGAUACGGCCCCGACGCCCCUGCUGCACGCCUUGCUGAUGCACACGCUCGUGGAUAUGGGGGCCGUCGCCCUCGAUAGAGCGUGGCGUAUCACGCUGCUCGGGCAUGUGUAUGAGGCGCGACCGCUGCGCCCGUCCAACGCGACGAGCGACGUGGUCCUCGUGACGCGAGACACGCACUUGACCCUCGAGGAAACGGCGCAAGCGGCGCCGCUCGUCGAUGCCUCGGCGUACCACGCCCUCGGCGGUCUCGACACACAGAUCGCCGCGAUACGCACGCUCAUCGAGCUGCCCCUCACGCAGCCGCAGCUCUUUGCGCAGUACGGCCUCACUCCGCCGCGUGGUGUGCUGCUGUACGGCCCACCCGGCACAGGCAAAACGUCGCUGGCACGGACCGUCGCCGCCUCGCUGCACGCGCACGUACUCACGAUAAAUGGCCCUGAACUCUCCUCCGUGUACCACGGCGAGACCGAGUCCAAGCUGCGCGCCGUCUUUGAAAGUGCCGCGUCGCAUGCACGCAGCAUCAUUAUUAUGGACGAAAUUGACGCAUUGGCACCGAGACGCGAUGGCGAUGCAUCUCUGCAUGCUGAGGGAGCAGGCGAAGUCGAACGACGCGUCGUCGCGACGCUGCUGACACUCCUAGACGGCAUAGAGUCGCAUCAUGUCGUGGUGAUCGCCGCUACGAAUCGGCCCAAUGCCGUCGAUCCUGCGCUCCGUCGGCCUGGUCGCCUCGAUCGCGACAUUGAGAUCGGGGUACCAGACUCGCUCGCUCGGCACGCGAUUCUCCAAGUGAUGCUCAAGCAUGUGCCGCACUCGUUGUCCGAGCAGGAUCUGAACGACUUGGCCACGCGGACGCACGGCUACGUCGGGGCCGACUUGGCCGCGCUGGUUCGCGAGGCAGGUAUGGCCACGAUAGCGCGCCGCCUACACGCGCCUUUGGCAGACUCGCUCGCGUCGCUUUCGCUCACGCACAGCCCCGACAAGGUGUGCAUGUCCGACUUUAGCGCGGCGCAGAACAUCGUACGGCCCUCCGCCAUGCGCGAAGUGUUCGUCGAAACGCCCAAGGUGACAUGGGAUCAUAUUGCCGAUGACGACGACGCGAGCAUCAAGCGGCAGGUCCAAGAGUGUGUCGAGUGGCCCCUGAAGCAUGCCGCCUCGUUCGCCCGGCUCGGGAUAGAUCCACCCCGCGGUGCCUUGCUGUAUGGGCCGCCUGGAUGCAGCAAAACACUCACCGCCAAGGCACUCGCGCGCGAAAGUGGGCUCAACUUCCUUGCCGUGCGUGGCCCAGAGCUGGUGAGCAAGUACGUGGGCGAAUCGGAGCGGGCGAUCCGCGACGUGUUUCGACGCGCUCGCACGGCAGCCCCGUCAAUUGUCUUUUUCGAUGAACUCGAUGCUAUAUCAGGCGUGCGCGGUAUGGACCAGAGUGCAGGCUCAAGUGACCGCAUGGUCGCGAGCCUGCUCACCGAAAUGGACGGCAUCGAUGCCGAGAGCCACGUCGUGGUCGUGGCGGCCACGAAUCGGCCCGAAUGCAUUGACCCGGCUCUACUCCGCCCUGGCCGCAUCGAUCGUCUCUUGUACGUGGGCAUGCCCAACGCCACCGUCCGCGAACGUAUCUUAACGAUGCGCACGAAACGCAUGGCCCUGGAUGAGGACGUCGAUCUGCGCGUAGUCGCCGAGCUGGCCAUGGGGUGCUCAGGCGCCGAAGUCGUCGCGAUCUGUCAAGAAGCCGGCCUGUGCGCGCUAAAAGAAGAUCUCUCGUGCACCCGCAUCUCUCAUAGGCACUUCGACAAGGCGGCACGUGCGAUGCAACGUCGCAUCACGCCGUCGAUGCUGGCGCACUACGAGCAGUGGCGCCAGAAAAUGACCCUGUAG